AUGCCUCCGCAGCUAUCAGAAGUUUGGGAGCCAGUGGAUGACUGGACAGGGGUGACGAGCGCUAAAGAACGGAGAAAACGCCAGAAUCGCCUCCACCAGAGGGCGUAUCGCAAACGGAAACAUCAGCAAGCCUUUUCUACCAACAACCCUGAACCCCGAAGCGGCCAGGUGGCGGAUACUUCUCCUGAACGGCUUGCAGACACUCGGCGAUAUCAGUCUCAACUUUUUAUUGCAUUGCUCCACAAGCUGCCCAUCUUGGUCAUUAUCAGAUGCCCCGAGUUACACAACAAUAUCAGGGACUUUAUGCAGAGAGCCUACACGAACUGGGGACUCAACUUUCCGUCUGUUUGUGAUCUCCCCGGCCUCACACGCCUCAACACCUUUGAUGCUCUAGCCAGAAACGCCCUGACACUUCAAAUUCCUCUCGAGUAUCUGGAGACAGAUGACUACAGUUCCAUAUUUAACAAGCUGGGACCUGAAUCUUCCGGGGACCAACCCGCCUUUCCGACUCAUCUUGCUCCAACACCGUUGCAGAAGUCAGUCCCACACCAUUCAUGGGUGGAUCUAUUCCCAAUUCCUGGGAUGCGAGAUAAUAUCCUCCGCGGGAUUGAAGCCGGGGAGUACGAUGAGGACUUGCUCUGCGAUACACUUUGCUGCGAUUUACUGGAUUUCGAUGUCAAUACGAAAGCAUCACUUGUGGUAUGGGGCGAGGCCUGGGACGCAGGGGCGUGGGAAUUCAGUCCCGAAUUCUUCAGAAGAUGGGGCAUGUUAUUACGAGGGUGUCCUGAGGUGCUGGAGGCGACAAAUUACUGGCGCCAGAAGCGAGGUGAGAUGAAGAUUAACUACAUCAUGAAUUAA